GUGACGCACUUGGCAGUUCGGUGUUGAUUGGUCGCUCGGCCGCCUAUAGCUCAGGACGCGUCCCUCCUCUGCUGAAGCGGAGUGCGAGCAACCUGAACAAGAAUCCAACAUGGAUCUUGUGCUGAACGUUGCUGACCGUUACGUCCUCACCCCGUACGUGUACCCCGCGUCGUGGCCUGAGGACGGAGCCCUGCGGCAGAUUAUCAGCCUGCUGGUGCUGACCAACCUCGGGGCUGCAGUCCUGUACCUGGGCCUGGGGGCCAUCAGCUACUUCUUCAUCUUCGACCACAGUCUGAAGAAACACCCACACUUCUUAGAGAAUCAGGUUCAGAGGGAGAUCAGAUAUGCGAUGACCUCUCUUCCCUGGAUCAGUGUUCCCACGGUGGCCUUGUUUUUCGCUGAAGUCAGAGGCUACAGCAAACUGUACGACAACGUCGACGAGUCUCCGCUGGGUUGGACUGGGCUCUUCCUGAGUAUGAUCUCCUUCCUGUUCUUCACUGACAUGUGCAUCUACUGGAUUCAUCGGUUCCUACACCAUAAGCUUAUUUAUAAGCUGUUUCACAAACCGCACCACCUGUGGAAGAUCCCCACUCCCUUUGCCAGCCACGCCUUUCAUCCGGUGGACGGCUUUUUUCAGGGACUCCCGUACCACAUCUACCCCUUCCUCUUUCCCCUCCACAAGGUGCUCUACUUGGUCCUCUACGUCUUCGUCAACAUCUGGACCAUCUCUAUCCACGAUGGUGACUAUCGCGUCCCCAACGCUCUGACGACCGUCAUCAACGGCUCGGCUCACCACACUGACCACCACCUCUUCUUCGACUACAAUUACGGCCAGUACUUCACCCUGUGGGACCGUCUGGGAGGCUCCUACAGACACCCGUCGGCUCUGAUGGGCAAGGGCCCCCAUGACCAGAUCAGGAAACUUAAAGCAGAGGGAAAGCUUGGAGACGGCAGAGUGAAGGCUGAAGGGCCAGUGAAUGGACACGCUCAGAGAGGAGUCACAUGUAAGGAGGAGUAAUCUGGGGAAAUUACCAUGAAUUGCUCAAAAUGAUGACUGUUUUUGUAAAGACAAUGUGCUGAAUCCGUACUCCCUUAGAAAACAUAUGGGAGCAUAAUUUGAGUUCCUGCACCUGCCAAAUACUUCUAGUUGCCUGUUGUGAGCGUGAUUGAUAUCAUUAGAGGCAAGGACUGGCGUUAAAAGGGUCCAUUUCAUGUAAAUCUUUGAUUUAACAAGCGCUUCAUCCCAAGUCAUAGACUGAAUCUAAGAGAACUUGGCAAACAUCAACUGCUUCAAAGGAAAAUUCUGGUAUUUCUGGACAUUUUGACCGGUGCGUCACUCCACGUUUACAUUUCCACCUCUCUUACCGAGAUGUCUCGAUGCAGAGUACAUCGAGGCAGGCAGCACAAGCCUCUUAAGGCCUUGCGAGUAAACUUCAGUUUUAUAUAAAUAAUGUCAGACUCUCUCAGACCGGAUGCGAACCCCUUGAUCACCUACUGCAUGGCAGUGCAUGGAGUGUUACUCCCAGGGCAUCCUGCAGCCUGUAAAUUGACACAAACUUCCUCUAAGGCAGCAGCUCUGUUUGAUCCUGCUCAAAGGCCUUCUGGCAAAACUGACCAGGAAAAUUCACUGCAGCAGUAACAGACAAGACAAACAGCAGUGAGAGGAAGUAGUUUGUAUGCUGUUGUUAAAUACGUUCAUAAAGUAGUCAGGCUAAACUGAAACGCAGCAAUGCGGCUAACGUGCUCGGCUCUAAGUGUAACUCGCGUCAGACCUGAGACUGGUCUUUCUCAUGUUUUGUGCAACCCUCCUGUGAUGACACUAACUUCUUAUGAUGAGGCAACAAAUCUGUUCUUUCAUUCAAUCGAGAAUUUCUUGGUUCUUUGGCAUCAAGCUGUGCAGGUGCUGCUGCUGUACACUAAUACAAGAGAUUACAAGAAGAAUUAAACGCUGACCCUGAA